AUGCCAAACUGCCAAUUCAACAAUCGAUUAUUUGCACCCCUCCGUCAACCGACUUCGCAAUCAAACGUUGCCCGUGCCAAAUUCGCACACUACGAGACACGGUACAUCAAUGAUUUCAUCAAUUACACCCGCCCAGCGGCAGACAUCGUGGGUUCGAUCUACUACGACUACGACAACAAUCCCUCGCGAAGCGCCUUCCAACAGGAGUACGAAAACGGUGGCCUGGCUGGGAUGGGCCUUAAUGUUCCGAUGCCGGUGGCAGAGGAGCAAACCGGCACCUCCCGGGAGGACGAGAUAACUCGACCACCGGACAUCUAUCCGGAUCCGGACCAGAUCUACGCCACGUUUUUAAACAAAAGUGCGGCCAAGCGAAAUCGCUUUCCCGGCGAUGAAAAUGUGAUUAAAGUUUAUUCUUCGAAAUCCUUACGUAAAAAUCCACAAGCUCGCGUCGAUGAUGACGGUUCGUUCGAUAGCUUGAACAACGAUAUGAAAGGACACGAUCUGAUCGAUAACAUUAUGUACAUCUAUUACGGAACGAACGGAACCCUACGGAAGGAUCUCGGUGGAAAUGUGAUCGUGAUAGGGGCCGUGUUCGCUCUGGCUCCUCAGAUAUUGACGGGAAUAAUUUUGUUUCUACGAAAUCGACGACUUCGUCAUUUUAACACCUUUUACCCGAUUUGCUUAAACUUGCUGCUGAUGCUGGCGAGUUCUAAUUUUUCAUUCGUCCUGGGCGUUCAAGCCACGCGGAUCACCGUCAAAUGCGAGUUGAUAGCGAUUCUGCUACACUAUCUUCAUUUGAGUACUAGUAUUUGGUGUUUUAUUUACAUCUACGUGAUUUAUGAUCUGAUCGUAAACGAUUGUGGUCCCAAGCUAAAAUAUAACUAUCUGAUGGGGUAUGGUGUACCUGCGGUGUAUGUCUUAUUUUCCUACGCCUCAUCGAUCGAUAAUUUCGAGCUCCACCGCUAUUGCUGGAUGUCCAUCCAGAAGGGAAUGAUCGUAAGCUUUAUGAUUCCGGUGUCGUUCCUCAUCAUCCUGACAACGGUGCUGGGAACGAUAAGUCUGAAAAAAAUUUCCAGCAAGCAAACGGAAAUAUUGUGCGAAAGUAUCGAAAGCAUGAUCGAGAGCACGUCGAAAUGUAACGACAUAAUGUAUCCCCGGCCGCCCACUUUGGGAGUCAACCGCAGCAAUAGCUAUCCGCAGUUGGAACUGAAGGAAAAAUGCUGCCAAGAGUACCUGGCACGAGCAAUGGAAAAUCGUCAGUCGGUCGUCACUUUACCCCAGCAAAGCAGCUACGGUUUUAGUUUCCAUAGCAUCAAAAAAUCCCUCGACUACUACGAUACGCGGAUCGAGCUGGGGCAGCUCUCGUUGGCGGAUCUUUCCACACCCAGUAUGGCAUCCGAUAUUCAGGACUUCACCGAGUUCAAGCGUGCGAUCAAGUUCGGUCUAUUCUUCCAACCGAUCUACUCGAUCUGCUGGUUUUUGAGUGUUAUUGCUCUGGAAAAUAUGCAUUCAUGUGUGAUGCCGGUUAUUUAUGCGAUCUGUUUGAACAUUCUGAACUGGUGCAUGUUAGUUCGUUCGUCAAACAUCUGCCCUUUCAUCAGUGGAGUGACCGAGGAGACGUUGGAAAAGUCUGCAAUCGAUUGUGGAGACUCGAUUAACGCUACCAACGGUAUCGGUACGGACAACGAAACGACGCAAGCCAGCAUCUGCACCGAUACAAUUCCUCUCUUGUGCGCAUCGAAUCCAUCGAUCAUCAACAGUGGAAAGCCACAAGUACUGACACCGACGCCAUCGUUCACCACCCCCAGCACAAUUCCGUUAGGACGAAAGUUCUCUUCCGCGGCGGAACAGGAUCCUCAAACGCUCAACUUCAUCAGCAGUAAUAAUCUGAAGAACACGUGGGAGUCCAGUGUCGAUCUUAACCAGCACGUGAAAACUAGCGAUUGCAUUAGCACUAUCAGUAACUAA